AUGUUUCCAAACGCGAUCACGCUUGCUUCGAUUGCUUCGCUGCUGGUGUCCAUGGCAUCAGCCUCUUCAGAUGCCAAUCUGAAGGAAACAGAUGAUCAGGGGGAAUUUUCAUGGAGAUUUUUGGAAAAAGCAUCUAACGAAUACAAGGAUAAUAUCGUUGUUUCAUCGUAUUCUGUAAGACGACUCAUUGCCAGUCUUUUGAGGGUCACAGAACAAAGCGACGAAGUUACAAACGAACUGCAAAAUGUUUUAAAUUUGUCGAUUGACUCUAAAAUUUCUCAACGAUACAAUGAACAAAUGGAGAGAUUGACUGGAAGCGGUGAUUUGAUUAAAGGCUCUUUGCUUGCAGUUUUCAGAGUCAAUAAAUUAUCUGAUGAUCUUCAAGCGGAAGCUACACGAUAUGGAUUAAAAGUGGUACAGACAGAGGAUAAAACGACUGCUCUUACUGCAAUAAACAACGCUAUAAACGAAAUGAGCAAAGGAAAGGUUGAAGAAUUCACAAAAGGAUACGAUUUUAGGUCUCUUUCAAUGAUGGAUUACAUAGAGUACAAUGGACUUUGGAAGUAUAAUUUUAACGGGGAUCCUACGGUCUGUAACUUCUUUACAGAUGCCAGUACAACGACUCUUACGAAUUUUAUAACUGCUGAAACCAUGUUCAAUUAUGGCUCAUUUGAAAAUUUGAACCUUAAAGCAUUGGAAUUACCACUGCCUGAAACAAGUGCCUUGAGAUGUGUUUUACUAUUGCCAUUGAACAAAAAAUCUCUGCAGAGUGUAAUGCAAAACUUCGAUCAUAACAAUUUCCGUGAAAUUUUGAAAGGAUUAUCAUCUGUACAGACUUCAGUUACCAUUCCUAAAUUUGUUAUGCAAUUAACAACUUUAGCCAAAAAUGUGCUUGAAACUAUGGGCCUUCAUAAGCCUUUUACUAAUGCUAUAUUUAACGUUUAUCAGAACGGUCAGGAGAACCUCGAUGAAAUUGUUCAAAAAUCGAAAUUUACCAUGAAUGGCAACGGAACAACGAAUCCUCGGAGUGUUUUUUCAUAUUCGAUGAUGCAACAACAACAGUUCUUCGCAAACCAACCUUUUAUUUAUGUGAUUUUUGAAAAAGUUCAAUCAAUACCGAUACUGAUGGGACAUUACGAGAGACCCACUGAAAUUCUACCAGAAGGCGUACAGCAAUCAGAGGCGUUUAGAUGUCAACUUUCACCUUUUUGAAAACAUUUGUAACGUAUAUCUAUUUUUUAUAACAUAUUAUUUAUAACAAUUUAUAACAUUUAUAACAUAUAUUAUAACAUGUAUAACCAGGGCCGUAGGGGGCCACGGGG